UGCAUGAAUCGAGUUCCAUAAACCUUUCAAUCAUAACCCAUUCUGCCAAGUUGUUUCUUCGCCAUCUUACUUUUCUCCUUUCCUUUUUUUUUCACUCUCAAAUCAUUGUCUGCUCGUCGAGAAUACGCGUUAAAACGGUCUUUAAUAGUACCGUAAAUAACCUUUGGUGCCAAAUGGUGCAGGAACUUACUGCUUACUGGCACUAAUUGUUACUUUCAAUUCCUACCGACCUUUUUUAGACUAUCUGAAGUUUUUUUUUAAAAAAAAAUAAAAAAAACUAUUUUUAUUUAUACUUCAGAAAUAAUAAUAAGGAGUUAUUACAUUAUUUCCUUUUGACAGAAAAUGGGAAUACGUUCUCCUGGUAUUUCAAUCAAGAUUCCUGAGAGUCGCUUUUUUUUCAACCACAUGUCAAAGAUACCGAACUUGCUGCUAUCCGACUCGCCUCCCACAAAAACGGACGAAGCAUUCGAAAAAGAGUUGGAUCGUUCGAAAAAUGAAUUUAAUCAAUUUAAUCAGGAUUUAGAUGAGAUAGCUCAUUCAAUGGAAAAAUUAUUCGAGGGUGCCCCUGAAUGGCUUGCUAAUAUUGAGAAAAUUAAGCGAGAACAAGAUUCUGUUGAAGAAUCUAUAUUAGCAACCCAAGAAAAGAUUCUUGAAAAUGAAAAUCAUUUGGAAAAGUUAAAAUCACUUCAAAAUGAAGUUACGGAGGAUAUAAACAAUGACUUGAAAAAAAUUCAGGAACAAAUUUUUGAUAUUCUUGAAAAGCAUCGUUCUGCAAGAUCAAACACAUCAAACAUUUAUAAUAGUCAAUCUAGAACUUCCGAACAACUUGACCUUAUGUUACAAGCUAUACAUGAGUAUGCUCGUUUAAUUCGAGAAGCAAGUCUCACAAUUAAACAUUUCGACGAUGUUGGGUCUCCAUUAAAAUAUGAAUCGCUAGACUUAUCACCGUUUAGACAUUACAAGGGUAGCAGUUCCUACUUUGAAGAACAUAUCCACCAGGUAAAUACUCCAGAGUCAGAAUCUCCUAUAUCACGCAUAUCACAAACAUCACUAGAUUCUCCAGAGUUACCAAGCGCCUCUACUACAACUACUCACACUUCAGCAACAACACCGACAAGUUUAGACCCCCAUUCCUCUGAUUCAUCAUCUCUACCUCUUAACGAUCCACAACCUCCAUAUUCACCCAUUCACCCAUUACCAAUACACCCAUUACGAAGCUAUGAAAUUAAGCAUCAAAAACUUUUACUUUUAAGUAUGAGGCGUGCGGCAGUUGGAUUAAAGUUCUUGCUGUAUGCAAAUCAAUUAAACGAUUAUAAGAAUGAAUGUCCAGACAGUGAUUGCGACUUAGAUCUAGAUUUAUUCAACGAUACUUCUACUGAAGAAGUAGUGACAACAAUGACAACAACCACUUAUAGAGACGUCGAUCCUGGUAAAAGCAGUAUAUCUAGUGCUGGCAGUUGUGACAGUAGUUGUGACGAUAACAACAGUGAUAGCGGAGGAAGCGAUCAUGAGAAGAGUAAAGAAUGCGCUCCCGGCAAGAUCUGUGUCACUAUACACAAAAGGUCACUUAUUGUUCACUCAUAUGAUCUGCUGCGAUUUGACAAGAGAAUGUUGGUAAAACAGCAAGGAUAAAUUAUCCAUUAAAGUGCAAAUUUAAUUAUUGUAAGAUAGAAGGAAGGAUUUGAAGGAUUAAUGUAAUUUAUGAAUAAGGACUUUUAUUGGAAUUUUGUUUAGUGAAAGACAUUUGGAAUUCUUUUUUUUUUUUUUAAAGAUCAAUCGACAAAUGAUUAUUGAUUUAUUUCAUUUCUUGGAUUUUUAGGCUUUAAAGAUUAACGUUUCAGCAAAUGAAACUUUUGUAUUUUUAAUGACAAUUUAG